AUGACGAAGCCUCCUCAAGAAGAAGAAGACGAAGAACGCCUUCGUCAGAGAAAACUUGAAGAAGCCCUUGAAGUCAAAUCUCUCCGGCGUAUAAUCAGUGCCUACCUAAAUUACCCAGAAGCAGCAGAAGAGGAUGUGAAAAGAUAUGAAAGAUCUUUUAGGAAGCUUUCUCCUUCUCACAAGGCUUUGUUAUCACACUAUCCUUUCAAGUUUCAAAGUCUAAGAAGGCGUAUUUCUGAAAAUUCGUAUUUCAUAUUUAAUAUGCUUCAGGCAUUUGAGCCACCCUUAGAUAUGAGUCAGGACGUCGACGAUUGUGGGUGCUCGCACCUUGAACAGCCCCCAAAUGACGGAAAUGUUUGCUCUCAUGAGUCUGCUGCAGCUAGUGGAAGUUGUUGUUCCAAACCUGAUGAAGCUUGUUGUGGCAAACCAAGCAAUAUGAUGAGCAAACCGGAAGAUGGUUUGACUGCCAAUGAGGAGGUGCAUAUUGGAGGCUGUUGUGGGUCUGAUACUGGGAGCUGUCCGGCAGGCCGGGAAAAUAACAAAAUGACUGCUGAAUGUUGUGGAAAUCAUGUCUCUUAUUCCAAUGGAAAUGUCCCUUCAUCACCUCGUGAUUGGUUGGAUUCAUCACCUCAGUUGCAUGUUCCUCUGGUUGAUGUUGAUAAGGUCCGUUGUAUAAUAAGGAACAUAGUAAGAGACUGGGCGGCAGAGGAGAUGUCCAUUGAACUGAGUUUGGAAGAUGUAAAGAGAGUUGCCUUAAAUUAUGGGUUUGAAAUUGAGAAGGAAAAGACAAUUGAGACAACCUACACUACAAAUCCUCAAUCAAUGAUGCAAAACCGAUACUCUGCUGCAUUCUGGACAAUGAAAAAGAAAUCAGCAGCUGUGGAGAAGCAUUCCACAUGA